AUGACGCGGGGAUCUUCGACAGACGAAGGUGCCCUCUUUUGGAAACGCAUAUUCUCAGCUUCCGCCUAUGCGUUAGCUUCGUUUGCUAUAACAGUGGUAAAUAAAACGGUAUUAACGAACUACGGAUGCCCGGCCUCGAUUUUGGGCAUAGGACAAAUGGUGGCCACCAUAGUGGUUUUAUUCGGGGCGAAAAAAAUCCGACUGGUGACUUUUCCAAGUUUGGAGAUCGCGACGUUUGGAAAAAUAUUCCCGUUGCCGAUUAUUUACAUGGGAAACAUGCUGACUGGCUUGGGUGGCACUAAGGAGUUGAGCUUGCCCAUGUUCACCGUAUUGAGACGGUUCUCGAUUUUGAUGACCAUGAUAUUAGAGUUAUAUAUUUUAGCUGUUAAGCCAAACUUUAGUGUGCAAUUUAGUGUUUAUACGAUGAUUAUAGGUGCCAUAGUUGCCGCCAGUAACGAUAUAGCCUUUAAUUUACAUGGUUAUGUGUAUGUAUUACUAAACGAUUUUUUUACUGCUACCAACGGGGUUUAUAUGAAGAAAAAAUUGGAUUCUAAAGAAUUGGGAAAGUAUGGCCUUCUCUACUACAAUUCCUUAUUCAUGUUAAUACCAGCCCUAUUUUUCGCUUUCUAUAUAGGAGACUUAGACUUAGCCUAUAACUUCCCAUACUGGAAUGAUUACCUUUUCUUGGCCCAAUUCUUCUCUUCAUGCAUAAUGGGCUUCUUACUUUCAUACAGCAUACUUAUGUGCACUUAUUACAACUCUGCACUGACCACAACGAUCAUAGGGUGUCUGAAAAAUAUCUGUAUAACCUAUUUAGGAAUGGUUAUAGGCGGUGACUAUAUUUUCUCGUGGAUUAAUUUUAUUGGCCUAAAUGUAAGCGUCCUGGGUAGCCUAAUUUAUACCUAUGUGACGUUCAGGAAAAAGGACGAGGUUGCGUAUACAGCGUUGCCAAGUCAGGGGGGUAAAGUGGCCAAUGUUGUAUGA